ACGAGGGUUGGCGCAGGAGUCUGAAUGUGUCAGCAGUCCGCAACAACCAUAUAAGGGGCUGAACGGGCGUCUUUUCGCUUUCGACUGUAACGGUGCCUUUUGGUGACCACCGUGAAACGUGUGGAUACAAAAACAAUCUGGAAUGAGUGAUGGGGACACAUGCAUGUCAUAAAUCCUCCAUAAUCCCCAUCUGUCUUUGUUGUUUGGAACCAGUGUGAUUGUUACAGUGCAACUGCUGGCUCAUUGUAGGCAAAGUAGGUCCUGUGGAUGUGUCUAGAACCAUUGGUGCGCCAGUCCUGCUGUUGGAGCUCAACCCCUAAACAUGGUGAGGCUGGAGCUGGAUCAGGUGGUGAUGAGGAGGAUGAAGGAAGACGACAUAGAGAUGGUCAAAGCCCUCAUCAAGGAGGGCUGCGAGGGCACAGAAAACCGCCUCAUCCUUCACGUCCUCACUCGUCCGCUCUGCCUCUUCAUCCUGGCUGUUUUCUCCUCGAUGCUGCGCUGCCUUGUGCAUUCCUUUAUUCUGGCCCUUGCUAUUCCUGUCUUCCUGCUAAUUAUUUUUCUCAAAAUCACCAUGCCGCGGUCCACGGGGGUUCUGGGCAGCAGCCGGCCCUCCUGGGACUAUGUGGGUAGCAGCUACAGAGGGACACAGGAUGAGCCACUGCUGAAUCCGUACUGCAGGAUCAGUGGCAAGACACCAGGGACUAGAAAGCCAAGGCGCAGAAUCACACCCAAAGACAAGGACAAAGAUGUGUCAACAGAGACUGUCACCCCAGAGAGGGAGCAGGCAGCAGGGCAGGUCUGGGUGUCAGAAUGCGAUGGCGAGAUCCUCGGCUGCAUCUUCAGGGAAAGCGAGAAGCGAGCGGACGUCAGGAGGAUCUGCAGGUUGGUGACGGGCUGCUGGUACCGCAGGGAGGGUCUGGGCCGGCUGUUUGUCCAGAGUCUGGAGCAGAGAGAGAGGGAGGCUGGCGCACACAGAGUGUACACUCACGUCCCUUACCCGUCCAAACUGGGGGAAGCCUUUUUCAGGAAGUUGGGCUAUCAGCAAUUUGGGGAGGGGACUGAUGAAAAAGAAGAUGAUGAUGAGGAGAGGAAGCUCGAGCCUCCAGAGAGAGGCUUUCUGGGAUACCCCCUCACAAAAGUGUUUUACAAAGACCUGUGAUUGAGUAAAGAUGGACUCAUGGAGAGAGAAAGGUGGCAUUAGAAUGGCUAAAAGUAAAGAAGCCAUAACACAAGUUGCCAUUGCUGAAACAUGUUUGGAUUUUCUGAUCAUUUAUUGAAUAUUUGUAUUAUUUAUGCCAGUAUUUAUUUAUUUAUUGUAUGUGUUGCUGUUUUGUUUGUUUUAAUUAUAUUUGUACCUUUUCAUCAAAUAAGUACCAUCUCUCCAUUCUUUUAAAACGAAUAGUUAUUAUGUAAAAGACAAUGAAGCCACAGUCAUCCAUGUUCUCAUCUUUUAUAAGGAAAUAAAAUAUUU